AGGGUGGCAAUCCCGCCGGGCCAGCGUUGCAGGCAGGCGGGCGGGCGCGGGAAGAGACCCUGGCUUCUCAGGGGGCCCGGUUGGGGCAGCCGCGCGCGGCCUGGGGUGGCGCAGGCUUUGGCCCCGCCUGGGGCAGGAUGGUGAAUCUGGAGCCCAUGCACGCAGCUAUCAAGAUGAGCGGGGAGGUGGCAGACUCCACGGACACCACCCGAGCUGCUGCGCUGGGACAGGUAGAGCCAGGAAGUGAUCGGAAUGGCCUAGACUUCAACCGCCAGAUUAAAACCGAGGACCUCAGCGACUCCCUGCAGCAGACCCUCUCCCACCGGCCAUGCCACCUGACCCAAGGACCAGCCAUGAUGUCUGGAAACCAGAUGUCUGGGGACGUGGCCUCCCUCCACCCUCUGCAGCAGCUCGUGCUGGUGCCUGGCCACCUGCAGUCCGUGUCCCAGUUCCUGCUCUCACAGACACAGCCCGGCCAGCAAGGUCUGCAGCCAAACCUUCUUCCCUUCCCACAACAGCAAAGCUCUCUCCUGCUCCCACAGACGGGGCCGGGCCUGGCGUCUCAGGCAGUCGGGCGCCCUGGGCUGCCAGGGUCCUCUUUGGAGCCCCCCCUGGAAGCAGCUCCCCACCACCCUGUGCCCAAGCACAUGCCCAGCUCUGGGGGAACUGAUGAGCCCAGUGACCUGGAGGAACUGGAGAAGUUCGCCAAGACCUUCAAGCAGAGACGUAUCAAGCUGGGCUUCACGCAGGGAGACGUGGGGCUGGCCAUGGGCAAGCUUUAUGGCAACGACUUCAGCCAGACCACCAUCUCGAGGUUCGAGGCCCUCAACCUGAGCUUCAAGAACAUGUGCAAGCUUAAACCACUGCUGGAGAAGUGGCUCAAUGAUGCAGAAGCCUCUCCCUCGGACCCCUCAGCCAGCACCCCCAGCCCCUACCCCACCCUAAGUGAGGUGUUCGGGAGGAAGAGGAAGAAACGGACUAGCAUUGAGACCAACAUCCGCCUGACUCUGGAGAAGCGGUUUCAAGAUAACCCCAAGCCCAGCUCUGAGGAGAUCUCCAUGAUAGCAGAGCAGUUGUCCAUGGAGAAGGAGGUGGUGAGGGUCUGGUUCUGCAACAGGCGCCAGAAGGAGAAGCGAAUUAAUUGCCCCACAGCCACACCCAUCAAGUCCCCCAUCUACACUUCCCGUCUGGUCUCCCCCUCAGGGUCUCUGGGCCCCCUCUCCAUCCCUCCUGUCCAUAGCACCAUGCCUGGAACAGUGACGUCAUCCUGCUCUCCCGGGAACAACAGCAGGCCUUCGUCCCCUGGCUCAGGCCUCCACACCAGCAGCCCCACAGCCUCUCAGAAUAACUCCAAAGUGGCACUCAGCUCUCCCUCCAGCUUUAACUCUUCAGGGUCUUGGUACCGAUGGAAUCACCCCACCUACCUCCACUGAGGCCAAAGGGAUUUUCUGUUGCACCUGUUCCUGGGUCCCCCAGAAGGAAGGGAGCUGCACCUUCCCUACACGGACACAUGCUGAACAGAAGCGAGUCUCCGCUACCUACCUACAGAGGAGGCUACACUCCUGCCUCCUUGGAAGCCAGGGCCUUCAGAGAUGUAAACUGUGACUGAACCGGGCUGCCCAUGCUCAGAAUUCUUAAAGAGAUGGCCCUGCUGGGGGUUGCCAUCCUUCCCUGCCCUGCCAGUGCCUUGCCCUCUAGUUCUAGAUAUUCCAGGUGGCUCUGCUAUGGCCAGGGGCUUCCUGAGGAAGGACAUCUCACUGUUAUUCCUCACCUCACCUGUGGGCUUUCCAGGGUCACUACCAGCUUGGCGACUGACCCACCAGGAGGGGCGGCAGUGACUCUGACGCAGAGCUUGGUCACACUCUCCCAAGAUCUGUGAAAGAUUUUGAAUCUCACGGCUCCAACCCAAGCUUGCCUUGAGGUUUGGUCUGUUCAGCAAUGUUUUCUGACUGACUCUUCACUUUGGCCCCAUUUUCUCUUUAGCCCGGCUACUUUCUUCUAGAACCAAGUCCAUUUCUGAUUACAUUCUGCAAAUUCCUUCCUUUUUCCAGAAGGCAAAGGUACCCUCAGUCCCCACAGGGCACGUUCCUCUGUCCCCAGGUGCAUUUCUGUCUGCUAACCUCUGCCCCAAAGUUCAGGGCUCUUGAUCCUUCUCUUCUUUUCUGCCUCUCUCCUUAUCUCAUCCUUUGUCUCUUUCCCUGGCUGCAGAAGGAGGAACACAAAAGCAAACGGACAGCGAUUAUGCUGGCCAAAUAUCUGUACAUAGCCCUUGCCGGUUCUGCACUAAGCCCCUUUCUCCUUCACAUGGACUUCUCCAAAUAUUUAACAUUUGGAAAUCAUCAAAAUGUUUAACUCAGGUGUCAAUUUUGAAGAUUUUCUCUGUUAUAUGUUGUCUUUUUUGGGAAGAAAAAAAGACAGGAAAAAGGAAUACCAAAGUGUGACAACUGUGUGCUUAGCUCCUGCAGGAGACCCUCCCACUUGCUGAGUUCUUAGGGAACACGCUUUCCAGCCUCCUUCUUUGUGGUCCAGUGUGUAAAGAUGUAACUUGGGGCCUGGUGUGUGUGGGGGGAGAUAGCAUAAUGAUGAUGCAAAGAGACUCUCAUGCCUGAGGCUCCAGAGUCCCAGGUUCAAUCCCCUGUACCAUCAUAAGCCAGAGCUGAGCAGUGCUCUGGAAAAAAAAAGAAAAUGUAACUCAAAGCCAUUCCAGAAAUGGCGACCUUUUCUAAAAAGACUGCAUACCCAAGAAAAUGUUGAGAUUCUGAGGAGGAGUCUCUCUGUUCCUAAAUAAAUUUGUAUCAUGAUGAUACGGUGGAUUCCACAAUCACUAAGAGGA